CAUGAUUAUCUAAUUCAACAACAAUGACACGGACUUGUAAGGGCGUAUGUGUUGAAAUACAACCAAUUAAAUAAUAAUGAGGCUCUCAAUCUUCCGCUUUCUGUUCUGAAUGUUGGAGAGCUUGAUAUUCGAAGUCUUGGAGUUGAACACAAUUGGCGAGUGAUUGGUGAUGAUGAGGAACAAGAAACCAACAACUCAGGAAUGUUGAGAUCAGAACAACAAAUGCUGGGAGGUCUUGUUCCCAUCCAAGUUUUGAGCUUUCAACAUCUUCAUUCCUUAAUUAGAAGUAACUCACAAUAAAAGGUUGAAGUUUUUGUUCUCAAGGAGCACACUUGUCAACACCAGCUCUGCCAAAUUGGCUUCCCUAAUCUUAUCCGAUUGUGAAGAACUGGAGGAAAUAAUUGCAGAAAAUGAGGAACAUCAUAUCAUGUCCAGUGAUGAAGUUCACUUCCCAGAACUUGGCGAGUUGAAGGUUGAGAGGUGCAACAAGCCCAAAAGACUCUUCUCUACGUCCACGAGUAUUAUUCUUCCACAACUAUACUCUUUGUCUAUAGCUGAGGCUAAUCAACUGGAGGUGAUUUUUAGACACAGCAGCGAAGGUGAUGCGAACUACAGUGAGGCAAUUGUGCUUUGCAGCUUGAGGACAGUAGAGCUAACGAAUUUGCCAAAUUUCAUUAGUGUUCGUCAAGGGUUGCAGAUUCAGGUGCAGCUAAGCAGCAUCAGCAUAUGGAGCUACCCAAAAUUUGUGGAUUUAACUUUGGGAAGGGCUCUUCAACAAUUGGGAACAGUAUCGGUCUCAACCGAAGAUUCAAAUAUUCAAACUUCAUCAAAUGGAGAAAAAGAAUUGGCAGUAAAUGAAGAAAUAGGGACAGUGGUGAUCUCAGGAGCAGAGUACUUGUAUCUGAAGGAUUCAAUGAAUCUCAAAUCUGUAUGGGAGGGUCCCGGUUUCAUGGUCUUCCAAAAUCUUAAGAGUUUAUCUGUGAAUAAAUGUACAAAAUUAAAGUAUAUGUUCCCAACCACUGUGAUCAGAAGCCUACCAUGUUUGUGGUCUCUAAGCAUCAAAGAAUGUGAAGAGACGGAGAAAAUGAUGUCAUCAGAAGAAGAGCAUCACUACUUUCCAAAUGCAUCCUCCUCUCCUUCCUUCUGCCUCCCACAACUUCAAUAUCUUGAAGUCACGAGAUGCAGAAAGUUGAAAUGGCUCUUCCCCUCUCUGCCCUGUACUCGCCAUCUUUCGCAGUUGGAUUGUUUGUGGAUUGAUAAGCGCUCUGAACUAAAGGGACUUGUUAAUUGCAAGCUCAAUAUUCAGGAGGAAGGGUUUUACAGCAACAUACUUCCAAACCUGACAUAUCCAUUUAUUAGCGAUUGCCUCAUCUUCUCCAAAACCAUACUCGCGGUUCUUCAAAGUCACGCAGUGAAAAUACGAAGUCAUCAUGAUUGUCGUGUUGAUGAUGAUGGUGACGGUGAUGGUGAUGGCUUAUAAUUUGUACAGUCUGCUUCAUUUGAAUGAUGGCGGCAUGCGAUCAACAUUGCAGAAGGCAUUCAUUUGUCUCAUUUUUAUUUAAAUACUUUGAUUUGUUGUCUACACACAAAAAUACUACUUGCUCAAGUUUCAAUUAACACUUU